CAGGACAGCCUGUGUGGAAAGCAUCAGAACGCCAGAGGAGUCUUGCUGAAUCGAGGCCACAGGGGUUCUGUCUGGUCUAACAUCUUGUUUCCAACAGUGGCCAGUCCAGUGGCUCUGGGGAGCCUCCAGGCAGGAAACCGGCAGCUAUAUGUUCAGGUUGUAUACGGAACAAGGUCGCUCUCUGAGGGCAUGCUCUGAAGUCCCAUCCCCGCACUGAUGUGCUCAGAACAGAAUGUCCUCCCUGCCACUGUCCAUGGUUACAAAGUUCGUCUGCAGAGACAAACAUUAGGCUGGUUCAGAGAACCGUGAGACUCAAGUGCGGCCACCCACCCGAACAUUUCCAUCAGACCCUCUUCAGGCUUCUCCCUCCCAGUCUCAGUUGGUAAGGAUGGAGCCCGAUGGCCACGGCACCAAACUCUCCAAAACCGCCAGGGAAAUGAGAGAGGCCAAGCCGCUGCCCUUUGUUAGCCCAUCAGUAGCAAACAACAACUUCCACGGUGGCUGUGCUGCCGUAAACAGGGCAGGGCAUGCACAGAAGAACUCGAACCACAAAGAGAAAAGGACCUGUCCACCAGAGGACGCCUACUUGUCAGAGUGCCAAGUGACAGAUAUCUGGAAUGGCAACAUUCCUGUGGCAGGAAGCCCCUCUGAAGCUCCUAAGCCCUGGCCUUUGGGGAACCCUGGAUGUGGCCACCAUGGACAAGGGCGCAAAGGGAUCUCAUUGGCCAAAACUGCCACCGAUGCUCAGAAAGAUUCCCCCACUAAGAACAUAUUUCUGUUUUGGGCAAACCAAGUUGAUGGUGGCCUCAGCAAAGUGACCCCAAAGAGGCCUGCUGUUCAAAAGCCACCAGAACAAUCACAGCUGGGGGGUCAUUCUCAUGGCAUAGUUUCCAAAGUGGGGGUGGGAAGCGUCAAGGGAAGGGAUCAUCAGACACCCUCCGGCAGCCCUGCAGCGGCCUACAGGAAGAGAAGGAGAGACCUUAUCCCCGACUCGGACAUCUUUAGACAGCUCGACGCCCACGUUCUUUGUGUGGGCGAGCAGCUGACACCACAACAGGGUCCUUGGUCCAUCCAGACUGUCGUCCCACUGAUCACCCGAGGGGCCGAAAGCCAGCUGCAGAAGGUGCGCGCCAUUUGGAUGUGGAUGUGCCACAAUAUCAAAUAUGACGUGGAUGGCUUCCUGGGGUUAUCAGAGAAGAUCCACCGCCCUGAACAAGUCCUGCAGACUGGGAAAGGGGUGUGCUCUGGAUACGCCCAUUUAUACCAUGAAAUGUGCAAGGAAGCAGGCGUGGCCUGUGUCGAAAUUUCAGGGUACGGCAGGGGUGCUGGAUCCCGCCAAGGGCAAAGCUGCCUGCAGAAGAAAUCCAACCACAUGUGGAACGCAGUGAAACUGGAAGCGGAUUGGUUCCUCCUGGAUGCCUGCUGGGGGGCUGGUCUUGUCGACGCAGAGAAGAGGCUGUUCAUUCCUAGGCACGAUGAUUUCUUCUUCCUAACCGAUCCAGAGCAUUUCAUUGAGACUCACUGGCCAGACGAACCGGAGUGGCAGCUACUCCCGUCUCCUGUCUCACUGGAGGAUUUCGAGGAAAGAGUUUUCAAAACCCCUGAGUUCUUUAAGCUGCAGCUCAGCCUCUUCUCUCCAGACACUUCAGUGCUUAAAACAGACCAAGGGGAAGCAGCCGUCUCUUUAGCAAGCACCCUUCCCACAGAGUUCACGUACCAGCUCUUGAAGCUUGGCCAUGACAAUUUCAAGGAGGAUGUAGGCAAGGCUCAUGGGAUGCUGACAGGAUCUGAUAAAAAGAUGGCCCUCAAAGUCUUCCCCCCUUCCCCGGGCCUGUUUGACCUGCAGAUCUUUGCUCGCCCUUCUGGCUCUCCAACGCCGUACACUUGGGUGUGUUCUUACCAGAUCAGGUGCUUGGAGUCCAACGGCAAAGAGAGCCUGCCUGAGAACCCUUUCCCUUUCUGGGGGCUACACCCCAAAGCUGAAGAGUUUGGGAUUGCAGGGUGCAACUGGGGAGAAGAUUUGACCGUGGCCACCACAGGGACACUGAAGUUGGCUAUGCAGACCAAGAGGGCUCUGUUAGCUACGUACGAGUUGGUUCAUCCAGGCCUAGAUGACUCUUUGAGGAAAAAAUGUCUGGUUUCCCAAACAGAAGAGGAGCAACUUAGCUGCCAGGUUCUCUGCCCUUUUGUCGGCUAUUACAGACUCUCUGUGUUUGUCAAGGGCCUUGGCGAGGACGAAUUCAAGAACACGGCCAACUUCCUUAUAAGUUGCUCCGGCCCCAUCAAUCACAACGAACUCUUUCCGCUGGGUCUCAGCUCACACUGCGGGGCUGGGAUCAGCUCCCAGUGGAGAGGGCUCUCCAAUCCAAGCCAUCUCGCCCCCAUCAUCGACACAAAACAGGGACGGUGCAACAUCACGUUCCACAUCCAGCCAGGCUUUGAAGUCACUGCCACCCUGAGCAAGGACAAAGUCAUGAACAACACGUACCCCAUGGAACGGUACAUUUUGACCACUCACCUGGAGAACAAGGUCAGCAUCUCCGUCCUGCUCCCCGAAUCGGGUCUCUACAGGGUGGGCUUAUACGGGAGGAAUGCCGACAGUAAAGAGUUCACCCACGUGUGUGACUACGUUGUCCGUUGCUCCACCAGCCCUCAGUGGCUGCCCUUCCCCAGGGUCUACAGCUUGUGGAGAAGGGGGUGUGUCCUUCUGCAGCCCAGAACAGGAGUCCUGCAAGAGGAAAGCUGGGUGAGAUUUCGGCUCAAGAUGCCCAAGGCCCUCAGCGCUCUGGUCGUUGGCCAUGCCCGGACAGAACUGAAGUUGGGCCGGAACAAAGUGUGGGAAGGAGAGGUUUACACUGGCCCCGCUGGAACAAGGCUCAAGGUAGCAGUCAAGUUCUCUUCCAAGUCAUCCAGCAUGGAAGUCAUCCUUUCGUUUGAUGUCGAAGGCUGCUCAUCUACUUCAGACGGCGCUUCGGGGUAGAGUGGUCCAGGACUCCGAGGAAACAAUAUCCCAACAUACCGCCAUGCUGUUUCUCUCUGGAAAGAUGGGAGCAGUGGGCAAGGCUCUGACUGCUACAGCAAUUAACCCUGGAGACUGUUUUUGGUGCUAAGACACAAAACAACAAGGAUGGGAGUGCCCUGGAACCACAAAGAUGAGUGUGCGUUUGAGCAUGUGGAGUUAUUCCGUUUCUUCACACUACUGACAGAUAAACAACCUGCCUGAACUAACCUAGAAUGAGGGAAGAGGGCUUUCCAACUCACUUGACAUCCAGAACAUUUCUGUUUAGCAGUUAAGAACCACUUGGACAACUUCAGGCCAUAAUUCCCUUAACGUUACGGGCGGGUGUUGUAUAGCUGCUUCCCUCACAUACACAAGGACAUCUUAUGUAGAUUAACUAAAGGUGUAUCCAGCAGCUACUCCAGUUUCUCCAUCUCCUUUCCGACUCCUCCCCUACACUCCCUACAGUAAAAGGACUCCCACCCCAGGGACAAAUGUCCAAAACAAACAAACUGCAAAAGAUUACUGAAUGGAAUCCGACAGUGGGGUUUGUCGACUCUCUGAAGUGCCUGAGUGUGACUCCUUAUACUGGUCUCACAAGAUGUAUGGCCUAGGCUCCAAGUGCAACCACAGGUCUUUCCCAGCGACUGCUCAUGAAACAGUGUCUGAAGAUGGCAGCUAGACAUUGGUAGAGGAGGGUGGUCUAUAUCAGGAGUUCUCAAAUUUGGGUUCCCAGAUGUUGGGCUACAACGCAAAGGAGAGCUGGUCUUGUGGUAGCAAGCAUGACUUGUCUCCUCAGCUAAGCAGGGUCUGCCCUGGUUGCAUAUGAAAGGGAGACUUGAAGUAUGAGCACUGUGAGAGCUUCCCCUCAGGGGAUGGAGCCGCUCUGGGAAGAGCAGAAGGUUCCUCCCUGGCAGCAUCUCCAAGAUAGGGCUGAGAGAGAUUCCUGCUUGCUUCUAGUAAAGUUGGCAGGGGUAAGGUCAGUCCUGAAGUGCUACUCUGAUGGCAACAGCUGGGGGCAUCGUGCCACCCUUCUGACACCCCUAUAUUCUGCUGCCUGAAGCAACCGCCUCACCUUGCCUUAUGGAAGGGCUGCCCCUGUCCUGCUCCAUCCCUUCCUGGACUUCUAGGGCAGCCCUCCUCCCGAGGAGUCCAUCACAGAGAGCUGGGCUUGUGGUUGUGUGAAUGGUUGUGUGAAGCCUUCCAAAAGGCUUCCUGAGCCUUUUGGAAGGGCGGUAUAAAAGUUUUAAUAAUAAAUAAAAUUAUAAUAAAUGACCCCCUUUGCUAAGCAAGACACACCCUGGUUUACAUUUGAAUAGGAGACUAUGUGUGUGUGCACUGUAAGAUAUUCCUUUUCAGGGAUGGGGCCGUUCUGGGAAGAGCACUUGCCUGCUUGCAUGCAGAAGGUCCCAAGUUCCCUCCCUGGCAGCAUCUCCAAGAUAGGGCUGAGAGAGACUCUUGCCUGCAGCCUUGGAGAAGCCGCUGCCAGUCUGUGUAGGCAAUACUGAGCUAGAUGGACCAAGGGUCUGACUCGGUAUAUGGCAAUGUCCUAUGUUCCACCCUCCCCAGGCAACAUGGCCUUUGGCUGAGAGUUGUCAUCCAACAUUAUUUGAGGAUGAAGGUUAGGAACCCCUGAUCUGGAGGAGUUGAAGGUGAUGCUCAUGGGAAAUGGUUGGGUUUUAGAGAGUUUAUCAGAGUCGAGCUUUCUUUUCUGUGAACAAAUCCUAGAGUAGCUGCCAUGUUUGUCUGUUACAGUAGCAUCAGUAAAGAGUCCCACGGCACCUUAAAGCUUAACAUACUGUGGGAUAAGCUUUUGUGGUCCAGAGCCCACCUAGUCAAGUGUUUCUGUCCUGUUUGAUCAGGUUCAGAGCCCGGUGAUACUCCUGGACCAAGGCCAGCUUUUUGAGAAGCAAAGAUACCUGUGAUGGCCAGGGUGUAUUCUGUCACACAUGGCUGGUUCUCCUUUGCGUGGCUGGUUCUCUGGUUCAUCCUAUCAAUUGCAUGGAUGGUUCUCCUUUUCAUACUAGGAUGCCCUAGCUAAGUUGAGCCAGACUUUUGCCAUUUCCAUGCCUUACUGCUGCUUCCACUACAUGGACUCCCCAUGAAGACACCCAGAAGUUUCAGUCCGUGUAAAAUGCUGCUCUGGGUCUCCCAGUUAAUACUGCAAAGUGAACAUUCAGUUGUGUGUCCUUCCAAACCCAAUUCAAGGUGCUAGUGUUCAUGUUUAAAACUCCUUAAGGCUUGGGGCCCACACAAGUCAGAGACAAGCCGCUCCCCAUUAUCAGCCGACCCCCACAUGCCAGCUCCGUGCCUGGCAUCCCACAGAACAAUACCUGCUUCAGAUUCCUUCAUUAUGCACGACAUUAUGGUGUGAUAUCUACUGGGAAUGGGUUGCGUUUCAAGCUAAUAGCUCCUAUUUCCCCCUCAAUUUGUGUUUUCAGUUUUUAAAAUUUCUUAUUGUUUGUAGUUUAUUUUUUUUGCAUAACAUGUAUUUUUAUCUGCUCUGAGCAUACAGAAGAAUGGACAAUAAAUGCUUCAUAAACA